AGUAGUAGGAGGCAGUUCUUCUUUAUACUAUUAUUAUUAUUAUAUAAGUAGGGCAGUGGCUUGUCUCAGAUCAUCUCCCAAAUUAACCUCACCCUCACCCUCACCCUCGCCCUCACCUCACCUCACCACCCCCUUCUCCCUCGCCCGCCCGGCGGCCAUUGUCCCUACGGCCGGCCCAAAGAUGUCUGUGGCGCCUUUAUUCUUCUUCUUCUACUUCUUUGUUGUGUUAUGGCUUUUCCACUCUACUGCAUGUGCUUCAUCUCCGCCAUCACAAACAUCGUCAGUUCAACGAACACUUGACCUAAUGAAGCCCCAAUACUACAACCCACCAAAGCUUCCCCCGCGAACCCUCUCUUCCUCGAAGAAGUUCGAGGGCUCGUCGGAUCUGGUCCAUCUCCGGUAUCACAUGGGCCCCGUCCUCUCUUCGCCCAUCAACAUUUACCUCAUCUGGUACGGCAACUGGGCUCCCUCCCAUCGCCUUCUCAUCAAGGACUUCAUCCUCUCCAUCUCCACCACCAACCACCGCGCCGCUCCCUCCCCCUCCGUCUCCGAGUGGUGGCGCACCGUCUCCUUCUACACCGAUCAGACCGGCGCCAACAUCUCCCGCUCCGUCCUCAUCGCCGGCGAGUUCUCCGACCACCGCUACUCCCAGGGCUCCCACCUCACCCGCCUCUCCGUCCAGCAAGUCAUCGCCAAUGCCGUCCGCAGCGCCCCCUUCCCUGUCGAUCACAAGCACGGCAUCUACCUCAUCCUAACCUCCGGCGACGUCACCAUGCAGGAUUUUUGCCGCGCCGUCUGUGGCUUCCAUUAUUUCACCUUCCCCUCCAUGGUCGGCUACACCCUACCCUACGCCUGGGUCGGCAAUUCGGGCAAGCAGUGUCCCGAAGUGUGCGCAUACCCGUUCGCCAUUCCGGGUUACAUGGGUGGAGGCGGGCCGGCUGCCUUGAGCCCUCCCAAUUCGGAUGUGGGUGUAGAUGGCAUGAUCAGCGUCAUCGGGCACGAGCUCGCGGAGCUGGCGUCGAACCCGUUGGUGAAUGCCUGGUAUGCGGGCGAGGACCCGACGGCUCCGACGGAGAUCGGGGAUUUGUGCGAGGGGUUGUACGGAACGGGAGGCGGAGGCGGGUACAUUGGGCAGGUGAUGAGGGACGGGGCCGGUCGGACCUUCAAUUUGAACGGCAGGAGGGGGAGAAAGUUUUUGGUACAGUGGGUUUGGAGCGAUGUGUUGAAGGCCUGUGCGGGUCCGAACGCUCUCGACUAGUCGGUGCUUAAUUUAAGAACCCCCUAGCCCUACGACCUAGACAGACCCGAGUGUGUAUUUUUGAAAAAUAAAGCUAUAUUCUUCCUAUUACUAAAAUUAAAAAUACCACUAUUUAGUAUAUGCUAUAAUAUAGGAAGGGAGGAGGAUGAAUUUUUUCUUUCUUUUCAUUUUUUUAUUUUUUGUAUUUUGUUUUGUUUUUAUCGGUAUGAUUUUGGUUCAUUGUAGAUUAGAUGUAUAAAGGGCGAACGAAUGGAUUGUUAGAAUCUGUAUACGGUGAUUUAUUUGCUUAUGUUCAAUUA